AUGAAGAUAGCUGCAGGAAGUCCCGCGGGCAUGGUAGCAAUGAAGGAGUUCAGGGACCUUGGAUUCGACGUCACAGUGUUUGAGAAGAGAAGCGAUGUUGGCGGCGUCUGGACGUGGACUGAGGAUGCAGACUCUACGACGGCGCUGAAAGAGACGAAGCUGUGUAACAAUAAGUACUCGGUUGCGUUACCCGACUAUCCACUACCUAAAGGUUUCCCAUGGACAGUCGCCGCCCCCGACCUAGGUUCUUACCUAAGCUCCUACGCCAAACACUUCGAUCUUUACCGCAACAUCCACUUCAACAAGACCGUCACAAACCUCACAAGAGACCACACCCACCAAAAGUGGCAACUUACCUUUUCCGACGCACUUUCCACUCCCCUGUCCUUUGACAAGAUUGUCUGGUGUACAGGCGGCUUCGUAAAGCCAAAACGCCUCAUUCUCCCCGGUCAAGAAAGCUUCAAAGGCCGCAUCCUGCAUUCCUCACAAGCACGCGACCUCUCGGCAUUCAAAGACCAGAAUGUCGUCGUCCUGGGCAUCGGCAAUACAGCCGCCGAUGUCGCUAACGCACUCGUCCAGCAUGGCGCAGGCAAGAUCUACUUCUCGCACCGGCGCGGCGCGAAGAUCCUACGGCCUUGCGACCCAAAAACUGGCGUACCGUCAGAUGUGAUGCUGACGACCAGUCUAGUGCCUAUCACCUGGAUGCUGCAAAAGCACUGCCCCGCCGUAUACGGCUGGAUGAUGGACAGCGCCGUGGCGCAAAACUUCAAAGACAGCUGGGGCGAGAACAAACCCGAGUGGGGGCUUGUAGACUCGCCUGGUAUGGGCGACGGCCAGCACGUCGUGGUAUGCAGCCAGGAUCUCGUUCCUAACAUCCAGAAUGGAAGCAUACUUUCAGUGCCGGGCAUCAAAGCUCUCGCCGGCCCAAACACUGUAGAGUUUGACAACGGACAAGUGGCUGAAGGCAUCGACGCCAUCAUCUUAUGCAUAGGCUACGCCGACGACAUGGACAUCCUGAAAGAAGCUAUUGAGUUCACUCCCGCGCAAAGCGACACCCCAGCACUGCCAGGCCUGUAUAUGAAUAUCUUCCCGCCCAAAUACGCGGAUUCCUUCGCACACCUAUCCCUCACGCACCUUUUCGGCCCCCAAAUCCCCGGCCGCGUCCUCGCUGCGCUCGCCUUGCCACAGAUUUGGGCCGGUCGCUCUCCCCUCCCGCCCCUCUCUAUAAUGUCCACCUGGAUCACCACCCACCAAACCUGGCUCACGCAGCGCAUCGCAAAAGCCGGGCCCAACGGCAACGGCUACCAAGAAGUCCACAACGGCGACUGGAGUUACUUUCUGCACGAGGCGGCGGGAACAGGGUUGUAUGAGUACGUGGGGUGGGGAUGGAGGGCGUGGGGCUUGUGGUGGAGAGAUAGGGAGCUGUAUCGUGCGAUAAGUAACUUGCCGAUAUGUACUUAUAGUUAUAGGGUGUUUGAUAUGGGGAAGAGGAGACCAUGGGAGGGGGCGAGGCAGGCGCUGAUUGAGGCUUGGAGGGAGUUGGAGGAUUUGAAGAAGGCAGGGGGGAAGAAAGAUAAGUAG